CAGGAAUUACCACUGUUAUAAGAAGUGUUUUUGAAAACUGUGGAUAUUUACAAAUAUGUUUAUGUUAAUUUUUGCAUCUGUGGUGGCUGCUGUUUUGGCCGCCCCUCAGCGUAACUACUACCAACAGCAACAGCAACAGCAAUAUCCUCAAUACAGCGGCAAAUUUAUCCCCAUUGUCUCCGAAACCAACGAAAUAAACCCUGAUGGGUCUUUUAGUUACAGUUAUGCUACCGGUGACGGCCAACAGGCUCAAGCUCAAGGAUAUUUAAAAAAUGCCGGUGUCAAAGAUCAAGAAGCUGAAGUAAUUCAAGGUUCGUAUUCAUACACGGCACCUGAUGGUACUCCAAUUACCAUUACGUACAUUGCUGAUGAGAAUGGGUUCCGGGCUGAGGGGGCACAUCUGCCGACACCGCCGCCGAUUCCGGAGGCSAUUCAGAAAUCUCUGGCUUUGAUUGCACAGACACAAAGAAACCCGCAAACGCAGUAUCAGCAACAGCCGCAGUAUCGGCCGCAGUAUCAGCAACCUAGGCCUUUUUCACGUUUUUGAGGAUGUUGAGAUAGAGUAGGAAUAGGUUUUUUUUGUAACUGAGAACAGUGGCCAGUGACAAUGUUUAUAAGAUCAAGUUGUACAUAAAUAUUUUUAUAUUGCAUUUUGUAAUAAAGAUUUUUUAACAGGACCGUU